AUGGGUGUACCAACAGCACAUGGUGAUCUUGAAGGCGACUCAGAGAACGAGGGGCCAGUGGAGACGGACCCAUCGAAUCGGUACCAGCGCUGCGACGAAAUCCUAGGUGAAGGUGCCUAUAAAUUGGUCUACAAAGCCUGCGACCUCGAGGAGGGCAAUGAGGUUGCUUGGAACCAGCUGCGGUUCGAUCAUCUCUCCAAGCGCGAGGCUCUAAAGAUCCUGUCUGAAAUCAAGAUCCUGCAGUCCAUCCGCAAUGAGCACAUCAUCAAUUUUUAUGCGUCUUGGUCGACCCCAACGAGCAACGGUGGCGAGCGGAUCGUCUUUAUCACUGAACUCAUGUCCUCAGGCACGCUGAAGCAGUAUCUGAGGAAGACACUCAAGGGGGUGCCUAAGCCAAAGGUCGCGAAGUCUUGGUGUAGGCAGAUCCUCCAGGGACUCGCCUAUCUGCACACCCACGACCCACCAAUCAUCCAUCGCGACCUCAAGUGUGAUAACAUCUUCAUCAAUGGCAACAACGGACAGCUCAAGAUCGGAGACCUCGGCCUGGCCGUCGUCCGCCAUCGCACACAUGUGUCGUCGGUCCUGGGGACACCUGAGUUCAUGGCUCCGGAACUCUAUGACGAAAAGUACAACGAAAAGGUCGACAUCUAUGCCUUUGGCAUGUGCGUCCUCGAAAUGGUCACCAAGGAUUAUCCCUACGCAGAGUGCACGAAUCAGGCCCAAAUAUAUCGGAAGGUUACGCAGGGCAUCAAGCCGCAAGCGCUCGACCAUAUCCAGGACCCAGAGAUCAAGGGUUUCAUAACUCACUGUCUGGACCAUGAUGCCUCGACACGGCCUUCUGCCCACGAGCUGCUUGCAUUGGAUUUCCUGAAGCCCUGCAUCCCAUACCAUAUUCCCACGGAGGCCGGACAAGGACGUGCCCCCAGCAGGGUUUAUCCCCACGGCACUCGAUAUCGAUAA